GAAAGGUGUUGCCGUGUGGUGCGGGUGUACGCGACUAGCUAACCUACCCCCUCGCCAAAUCACUAUAAAAUAUCGCGGAAAUUCUAUCAUCCCGUCAGUGCCCUUUUUUCCUCCAUUUAAAAAAUAUGAAGUGAAGACUGAUUAGUUUUACAGCGUCGUAUUUUGCCUACGUUCGAUUCCAGUUUGAAUUCUUCUGCAUAACGAGAUGGAAUUGUACAAACAGAUUUUCUUAACCUUCGGUACUGUAGCUGCAUUCUACAGCGUAGCCGACGCCAAAUACUCGGAACAAUCUCGAUAUUCGGAUGGAUACCAAGCCAAACAAAAAUUACCUGUAAUCUUGAUGCAUAAACAAGCUUUAUCCGAAGACGGAGGAUUCAAUUUCGCCUUCGCCGGUGAUAACGGCAUCAAACAGGGUGAAACCAUAAGCCCGGAUGGUACUCGAACCGGAGCUUACUCUUACGUAGAUCCGAAUGGUGAAACGAUCUCAGUAAAGUAUAGCGCAGGCAAAGACGGAUUUAAAAUCUUACAAGGAGAUCAUAUUCCUCGAGCUCCUGUAGUGCCAGCAGCUAGUCAACAACAAGCCGUACCUUAUACAGGCGGUCCGCAAAGCCGAUACUCGGGUCCGUUGUUCAAUUACAAUGCUCCGGCUGCAGCUUCCGACGAAACGGAAGAUUUCGACUUUGGUCCCACUGGUAGCUAUUCUCAAUACAGAGGAAAAAUAAACCCAAAUUUCAAAAGCGUAUACAGGGUACACGAAGACAGCAGCGCUGAAAUUUACCCUCAAUCUGCUCCAAUUUCGAGAGUACAUUACGAACCUGAAGAAGAAAACAAGGGACCGCAUAGUUUCGGCAGUGGAUAUUCUUUCGAAUUUGGCCAAGGUAGUUAAUACCGGUAUUAACGUCUCCGUCAGUAUUAUUAAGAGUUCCUGUGUAAUUAGCUUCCAUGUUUCUCUAUCGAGUAUAAAUUGUAUUUGUUUUCUACCAUUCGUAAUUUCUAAGCGAAUAAAUUAUUUGUUUUUGUA